AUGCGUAUGAUAAACUGCCCCGUCUGUCUGAAAAAGGUCGACAUCGCGCUCAUUAACAGACAUCUUGAUACCUGCACAGAACAGUCCGAAAGUGCUCCGCCACCCUCCGCUCCAGCCGCGCCCACAGAGACCGCCCCCGAGCCAACAUCACAGCCUGCCAAAUCAGUCUCCUCGCUGCUGACGGGCACCAAGUCUGCCAAAAAGUCCUCCUAUAAAUAUGGAAACAGAGAGAAACGGACUUUCUCAGACAGCCAGUCGUUGUCGUCGGACCAAGAAGUAAACACAUCAAUUGAGAUCGUUGACCCGGAGCCCAAGGCGCGGAAAACCGCUCCUGCUGACGAGCUACGUCUUCUGAAGGCGCAGGCUAAACUGCCACUGGCGGAGCGUCUUCGGCCCUCCAGCCUCGAAGACUACGUUGGACAGGAACAUUUGGUCGGCGAGGGCGGCAUCCUGCGAGGGUUUAUCCAGAACGAUCGCGUGCCGUCGCUUAUCCUAUGGGGAUCUCCAGGCACCGGCAAGACGACGCUGGCACGAAUCAUCUCGCACGCCACGAAAUCGCGAUUCAUCGAGCUGAGCGCGACGUCCAACGGGAUCAACGAUUGCAAACGUGUUUUCGAAGAAGCACGCAACGAGGACAAGCUGACGAAAAGACACACCAUAGUAUUUAUUGACGAAAUCCAUCGGUUCAACAAGGCACAGCAGGACAUUUUUCUGCCGCACGUUGAGAAGGGGACGAUCACGCUUGUGGGCGCAACGACAGAGAACCCGAGCUUCCAGCUGAACAGCGCUCUUUUGUCGCGCUGCAAGGUUUUUGUGCUCAACAAACUCACCUCCGACGAGCUCCACAGGAUCGUGUCCAAAGCGCUCCUGGUGACCAACAAGACGCGCAAGCUGGUUCAUAAUGUCCCAAUUCUGCGAUUUAACAAAGAGGCAAUUGGCUAUAUCUGCAAUAUAGCAGAUGGAGACUCACGGAGUGCCUUGAACCUGCUGGAGCUGGCAGACUCGCAUUUUAUGACGAACUACAGUUUGGAGCCGGGCAAACAUGUGAUAGAGGUCGAUGCUGAGCAGCUGAGGGACGUUUUAAAACGUACGCACAUGGUUUACGACCGCGUAGGCGACGCGCACUAUGACACCAUAUCUGCGUUUCAUAAGUCCGUCAGAGGAUCCAACGCCGACGCUGCUAUGUAUUACCUGGGCCGAAUGCUCAAAGGGGGCGAGAAUCCGCUUUUCAUAGCCCGGAGAAUGAUACGUAUAGCAAGCGAAGACGUCGGUGUGCUUGACGACACGUGCCUGCCGUUCGCCAUAGCGACGUACCAGGCGGUGCAAUUUGUUGGGCUUCCCGAGGCAGAUUUGGCACUGGCGCAUUGCGCGGUGAAACUAGCACGAGCACCGAAAUCGGUGGAAAUAUACAGAGCCUGGAACGAGCUGAACGCCAGACUCGACUCUGAGCCGGAAUUUGCGUCAGCAUCCAUUCCGCUUCAUCUGCGCAAUGCGCCGACUAAGCUCAUGAAAGAGAUUGGCUACUCGAAAGGGUACAAGUACAAUCCGGACUACAAGGACGGACGUGUCAAGCAGGAGUAUUUUCCAGAACAAAUCGGAGAGAUGCAGUUCCUCACUGGACAGCAUCUUGGCCUCACGCCAGAUCCCGAUCUGUAG